AUGGCUAGUAGAGGAGGCGCAGAAAGUCGAACAUGUCCGCUUAACCCGAAGAAGCACCUGAACUUUAUCAACCCAGAGCAAGUUUUUACCAUGAAAGACAUUGGACUUGAGGGAGCGGGUGUCUCGCCUCUAGCUCUCACAUCUCCAUUCAGCCUGUUCACGGAGGAGGCAAUCAGGCAGAUGCGAGCAGAAAUAUUCAGUCCGGUCGUGUUACAAGAUCAUCAUGUCUCAUCAGAUUUUGCAUCGGACAUGGUGAAGGGAUUUCCACCAAGUGCAGCACCAUUCAUCCACGACGCCUGGUACAGUCCGGAAGUGCUGGCUAUAAUGUCAAAGCUGGCCGGAAUCGAGGUGGUUCCCGUCUUUGAAUACGAGGUUGGUCACACCAAUGUCUCGGUCGAUCGACGCUAUACCCCGGGAGCAACUUGCACGGUGAACGGCGUACUAAAUGGAAACGGGGCACACGCAGAGGACAUUGUCGAUGAAUCUGCCUUUGCAUGGCACUUCGACAGUGUCCCGUACGUCUGUGUCACCAUGCUCUCGGACUGCCAGUGCAUGGUAGGGGGAGAGACUGUCGUCAGAACCGGGACCGGCCAAGUGCUCAAAGUGCGCGGCCCGACUCAGGCAAGUGAUCACGACUACCGAGGAUCUGCUGUCAUGAUGCAAGGGCGAUAUAUUGAGCACCAAGCUCUCAAGGCUCGAGGAGGCGCUGAGCGAAUCACGAUGGUGACUUCGUUUCGAUCCAAGUCUCCUCUUCUCAAAGACGAAUUAGUCCUGGUGGGAUUCCGCCCAAUCUGCCAUCUUCCAGAGCUCUAUAAGCAAUAUACCGAGUAUCGCUUGGAAAACAUCGAAGAGCGUGUGCGAGAUCAGUUGAGGAGAAUCCGCCAGCGUCAUCAGGCUCAUCUGGAUUUUGACACUGCGGGCGUCAAGGAAUUUCUGAAGGAGCAGAGGGCUUAUAUUGACUCGAUGAUCAAGGAGCUGGUUGAGGAUGAUUAG